AUGGUUCGUUAUAAUGAAGUAUUAGGUAUUGCAUCAACAAAUGUUCCAGCUUAUUCAAAUGGUGAUGAUAAUUAUUUUUCUGGUGAACAUUGUUAUUUCAAUGGAAUAUUUACCGGAUUUAAAUGGCAAUGUGUUGAAUUUGCUCGUCGAUGGUUAUUAAUACGAAAAAGUUGUACAUUUCAAAGUAUUAAUACAGCAGCUGAUGGUUGGCGUGAAUUAUCAAAUAUUGAACGAGUUACUGAUGGAAAAAAAUUUCCUUUAAUAGCUCAUUCCAAUGGUUCUUCGACAUUACCAAAAAAAGAUUCUCUUUUAAUUUAUUCUCGUUGUCGAGAUCUACCAUUUGGACAUAUUGCAGUUAUUACUGAAGUUGGUCGUGAUUAUAUUCGUAUUGCUGAACAAAAUUAUCGAUUUAGUCGUUGGUCAAAUAAUUAUGCUCGUCAGAUUUCUAUGACAAUAAAAGAUGGAGGAUAUUAUCUCACUGAUCGUUAUAAUAUAGAUGGAUGGAUGGAAAUUAUCGAGAAUGAACCAUUACAACCAUUGGAUGAAACAGCAUUAGGAUAA